AUGGAGCCAUCACCGCCUUCUUCAUCAGCCUAUCCAUCCGGCGGCACAGAGGAGCCUGACCGAGAUUCCGUGACGGCCGCCGAGGGUAUACCGACCGCUCCAGCUCCCUGGUGGUCCCUACCCGAUGAACUCUGCCUCCAUCUCCUGUCCUUCCUCGAUGUUGAUGACCUCCUCGCGGCGUCUCGAGUAUGGCAACUUGGUAGAGAUCAAGCUUCCAUUCCAUCCUCUGCUGACCACACCGCGGCCCCAGACCUGCCACCGUCUCAGAACCCUCUCCUUCGACCCGCUCCUGCACAAGUGGCGUCUCCGCUAUUCCCACGACCGCGUCGGUCACCUCCUCGAACAUCGCCCCCUCUUGCAUACCCUCCAGCCUCCGAUCUCAACCAUCUACCUAACCAGAACCCACCUCGCAGCCCGCAGACUGCACUGGUCCCUCGUGAGUAUCCGCCUCAAUCGUUCUUUGUUACGCCGGCCCAAACUCUCCACCCUGGUCUCGGCAAACAUCCUCCCCAAGGAAUGCUGUCGCCGUGAUCGCACGUCCGGCGAAUUCGUCUGGGGCGUCUCGGGUCCCGUCUUCGAGCGCAAGCGGCGAGUCGAGGUCGAGAAGAUCAAGGAAGGUCUGCGCGUCUGGCUGGAGCGGAAAGCGCGUCAGAUACAUCUCCGUAGGAGAGAGGGCGGCGUCGGUGUGCUGGUCUGGAGAUUCUCGCGUAGGAUCAAGACGGGAGAUGCGCGGAGCACCCCCAACAAUGUCUACGUCGAGAGGCCGAACAAGGAGAGAGUGAGCAGCCUGAGACGCUUCUUCGAAGGCCUUGGCAGCGGUAGAUUGGGAGGCUAA